AUGGUAGUAUUUGAAGUGAGACAGCAAUUGGUCGCCCUCGGGAAUCAGUUUCCCACACCUCCACAACGAAGGCGAGAUGGCUGUUCAGAGUGUCGAAGGAAAAAAGUCAAGUGCGAUCUGCGCAGGCCGGUUUGCUCGCGAUGCACUCGCUUUCCAAAAGAGUGUAGAUAUGGGCAGAACUUUGUCAGUGAGAGACAACGCUUAAAGCGUCAAGAUGCAUCAGAACAGCCUCCGCACAGUCCCAUAAAGCCCAAAGUCAGCUUAUGUACUAAUAUCGACGAAUCAGUCGUGAUUCUUCCACGUCAGAUUCAUCUUAACCCAUCUCCAUUUCUAUCAACAGAGCAGUCUCUAUUCUUUCUCCGUCUCUUUGCUACUGAGACCGCUCCGCGCCUCUUUCCAGCUGCCCCCAGCAUUUUCGUGCAUCAGUUAGUGAAUCGCGCCCUCGAAACGCCUCACCUACUUCAUGCGCUCCUAGCAUCAGCGAGCAGUCAUCACGGCCGCUUGGUGGGAGAUACUGCUGCGAUAUCAAGGACCGCUACUCUGAAGUUCACCAGCUAUGCUGUCUCCGGUCUACGGGCUGCCCUCAAUAGCCCAGAGGAGAUGCCAAAAGCAGAGACAACCAUGACAGCUCUUGCUUUAUCGACAAACGAUAUAUGCAAUGGAAACCGGGACAUAUGGCAGGCCCAUCUCUCUGGGGCAACCCGUUUACUGGCUGCAUUCUUGGAUCGCCACGCCGAAGCUCCAAGUGUUGCUGACCCGUUCGAUUUGUGUCUAGUCAAGUGGUUUGCUACGCUAGAUGUUAUGGCGAAUCUGACAGGAAUCUGUGCAAGCCCAACCGACAGGGAUCCAUGUUGGUACCUGGACAAGAUCCCUGAUGCACAGGUUGGCUACGUAGACGAUAUAUCUGGCUACUGCCCGGAGCUGAUACCAAUGUUGGCUCAGCUGGGACAGAUGGCAGGCCGACAAGAUUUAUUCAUGGCAGCAAAAUGUGGCGCACAGUUCACCCUGCCACGGCAGCUGUUGGAAGAGGCCCAGGAGCUGGAAUACAGGAUCAGGUCUAUUACGGACAGGACUGUUUCAGAUUCCACGUCGAAAAACCAUGACAGUGCGCUUACAGUUGACUUACAACACACUCAUCGUGCUUUUGUCCAUGCUUCCCUGCUUCAUCUCCACCGUCGGGUUCAAUUGCUUCCGAGGGACCACAGUCAAGUCAAGGAGGAUAUCACCAACAUCGUCAACGCUGUUCUAAAUAUAGAUCCCUUCUCUCCUGCCAACAUACUUAUUCUCUGGCCAAUGUUUACUGCCGGCUGUGAGACCAGCUUCGUGAGCGAACGCGACCUAAUCCAAAAACGCAUGGCCAAUAUGCAAAGUCUUGGACUGGGCAAUUACACCAGAGCUAGAGAUAUGUUGAGAAUGUUCUGGUCGUCUGGUAGUCUUCUACCCUGGGAUAUUUACUUUGCGGAGCAGGGGAUACAGCUAGUGUUAUUUUGA